AUCGACACCACCUUUUAAUGAAUUCGCUUUGGAACAUAUAGUAAAAAUUGUUUUUGCAAAAGUUAAACGAAAUUAAUAAAUACUAAACUAACAAAUUUCUACACAAUAUGGAACUGGAUAGUCCAGAUGUGGAGAAAGAAUUCCCAGGGUUAUAUGCAUCCGAGGGAGUUGAAGUUGGAAAAUCAAAGAAAAACAAAGACGAAAGUGAUUAUAGUGAAGGUGAUCAUGAUAAAGUCAGUAAAAAGGAUCUAUUAAUUGGUCGACGCAAGGAUAAAAAGGACAAGAGCAAAGACCGAGGUUAUGCGGCUUUAGAAGGCGAAAGUUCACCAGAAGAAGAACUAGAUGCUAAAAGUCCUUCGAAGUCUAAAAAAUCUAAAGCAUUUAAAUUUACCUCGUCCAAAUCGAAAGAUAAACGUGAAAAGUCUCGGGACAAAGAGAAACUCGACAAGGAUUUGAAAGAUGAGGAAAAAUUGAAGGAAAAGGAUAAGAGCGAUAAGGAUAAACAUGGUGAAAAGGAAAAGGACAAAGAGAAAGACAAGGACAAGGAGCACAAGAAGAAGGAUAAAGAAAAGAAGGAAAAAGACAAAAAGGACAAGUAUAAGGACAAAGACAAGGAUAAAGAUCGCAAGGACAAGAAAGAUAAGACCAAACAACAAUCCAGCAUUAGUUCCGAAGAAGUACUUGAGUUGGGUUCACCGGUAUUUGGUGUAUCUGUUAGUUUGGCCACAGACCGUAGUCGUUGUCACGAUGGUAUUGAGUUGCCUUUGGUGGUGCGUGAUUGCAUUGACUAUUUGCAGGAAAAUGGCGUUAAGAGCGAGCAAAUCUAUCGCGUGGAACCAAUGAAGACGAGACUUUUUCACUUUAAACGUUUGUACAACAAUCGCGAACGUCAGCCAGACACAGAUGUCUUGGAUAUACCAACGGCUUGUGGUUUGUUAAAGUUAUUCCUAAAAGAAUUACCAGAACCCAUCUUAACAACUGAUUUAAUGGCCCGAUUUGAGGAAGUAGCUUCUCAUCCUCAAGUCACUAAACAACAAGAAGAACUCGAAGAACUUUUAGAACAAUUGCCUAGUUGCAACAAAGUUUUACUCUCUUGGAUUCUUAUACAUUUUGAUUCGGUCAUACAGCAGGAGAAGAGCAACAAACUGAAUGCACAAUCUUUGGCCAUGUUAUUGAGUCCGCCACUGCAAAUGUCUCAUCGUUUAUUGGUGACUUUGUUGUGUCACUGUUCAACACUGUUUGCCGAUAUUAAGCUCAUCAAAUAUGUACCACCCCUAACAUCGUCUAGUCCGAAACUACCCGAUACUCCCGAAGAAAUCCAGAAAGAAUUGUGCAAACAAGAAAGUCUACUCAAUCAAAUACAUUCAGAAAUGAAUGCUGGUUUUGUAUCGAAGAAAAGAGAGGAACAACUAUGGGAAGUGCAAAGAAUUAUAACACAGCUAAAGCGAAAAUUGAAAACGUUUGAAAAGAAACAAGAAAAAUCCCUAGAGGAACUUGAAGCUAGUACUACAAGUUUGGGCACAGAUGCCACGGAUUCAGUAGGAAAAAAUACUAAAAAUAUAGGAACAGAAGACGAAUCAAAAGGACUAGUCUCUGCUGCUGUAGAAAAUGAACAAAUUCCAGCUGCAUUAGCAGACAAAGAUUUAAAAUACGCCACCCAAGAAUUUGUAAAUGAAGCAAAAGAAAAUGCCAUUGUCAACAACACAAACACUUCGCCCACAUUUCCCACCAACUUUAAUGCUGAUGGUUUAUAUAUGGAUGAAGAAACUGGCUUAUUAAUGGUAGCUAAAACUCAUCCUGAUUAUGACACACUAAUGCGUUUGCAAUUGGAAAAUCAAGAACUAUUAGCCUGGAAGACACAAUUACAAACGCGCAUAAGUUCAGAACGUGCUGAAUUCUUACGUUUGAAACAGUUGCAUCAACAUAUGACGAACAAAAUAUCACAGCAAAAAGCUGCCGGUAAUACUCAAACUGCACCGCCGCCUCCAGAAGCCGAAUACGAACGAAUUGUAGAACAUUUUAUACGAGAAAACGCUCUACUCGAACAUAAGCGACAAAUGUUGGCUAAAGAGAUUUUCGAAGAAAAUAAACAAUGUAUAGCUUAUCAAGUGGAAUUAGCCAUGCAACAAAUUUAAUUACGAUAAAUUUAAAAUUUUUUUACUUUAUUAACUUUAUGUAUUAAUAUCCCAAAAACAAAAAUUGCAGCUUUUAGCUCGUAUUCUUUCUAACCAAAUUUUUAAAUACUCUUAUACUAAUAGUAUAUUUUACUAAAUUGUUGUUUUUUCCCCAUUUAUUUAUAAAAGUAUUAAUCAUGUUUAUCUUUAGUCAUACUGUGUUAUAUUAAUCACAUCGUUACAUUUUGUGUUCUAAAUGAACAAAUAAAAAAUAUAAAUUAAACCAUGACACAUUAAA